UAAAUUAAUGCGCAUGUAUAUUUUGAUGUAUGUAGAUAUAAAUGUACUUACAUAUGCGUAUACAAAUGUAUUUGUGUGACACAAGAGUGCACCCAUUGUUCACAUGUAUAAAUACCUCCUGUUCACGGCGAACGUCGAAUAGUUACUAUUAUACAUCAAUUGACGUAAGGAGUUUCAUUACGGUCAUAGACAUAAAGCUGCAAUGAUCGGUAUGAGCAAAAUAUUCUAGUAAAAAGCCAAGAAUGGAUAGUGGAUCGCAAAUGACAGAAACGGAGAAAAUAUCAAGCAUGGGAUUCGUAGAGCUUUACGACUUUUAUUGGAAUCAGAAUGCUGAUCCAAGGACAAAUGGUUUACCAUUUAUCGGAUCGCCUGUUAUUAUACCUUCCAUCGUAUCGUUGUACUUAUACUUUGUUCUCAAAUAUGGUCCCGAAUUCAUGAAAGAUAGAAAACCCUACGACUUGAAAACCUUCAUGAAAUACUACAAUGUCUUUCAAAUUAUCGCUAACACGUAUGUGGUGCAGCAAUUCAUCACUGUAGGCUGGUUCACUGAAAUAACCAUGUACUGUGAAAUACCAGAUUUUUCGUAUAAACCUGGACCUCUCAAGUUAACUUACAUAAUGUGGUUAGUAACAAUGUUGAAAUUGAUCCAUUUCGUGGAAACGUUCGUCUUCGUUCUUAGAAAGAAGAAGGAACAAGUCUCAUUUUUGCAUCUAUACCAUCAUGUAACUACGAUCUUAUUAUGUUGGCUUACGACAAAAUAUGUGCCGGUGGCGAUGUCUUCGUUCACUCCACUCGUAAACUGUGGCGUACACGUGAUCAUGUAUACCUAUUACUUCCUUAGCACGUUUGGUUCAAAGUUUCGGAGAGUAUUAGCCACGUAUAAACCAGUAUUGACCAUCGUGCAAAUGGUAAGUGCAAAUUAAAUUUUAAGUUUAAUCAUAACUUAUUUAGUCAAUUUGAAUAUACUAUUUUUCUCGUUACAUCAGGCACAACUUAUAAUUUUACUGAUACAAAAUGUGCAAUCGCUUCUUCCGUCUUGUCCUGUAACAAAAUUACCAGGCACUAUCUCGGCGACCAA